CAGGUAGGCGAGCGUAACUGCGCCGCCUGACAAACUGCGGAAACAUCAGCAGCUUCGGCAAUUUCAGGUAGGAAACGGCCACAGUACGACUCCAAACUUUGCGCCCUGACCCCUACUUGAGAUGUGUUAAGAAUUUGCAAAUGGUACAAUUGGACCACAUCAAAAUCUGACUGUCACUCUACCUACUAGGAUCUGGCUAUCUCUAAACAGAAGAGGAGAAUAUUGAUCACUUCUACCAAUGGAAAACGUUUUGAAUGUAAGGAUGCCUAAGGUACAGAAACUGUACCAGGAGAGACCCAGUUCACAGACUUUGGAAACAGAUUUAACCAGAUGAACAAAUGCUCCAUUCACAGUCAAGCGGAACUAUGCACUGAUUCCGUAUUUGGUGGAAGCUUCCAUUCAUGCUCAAAUCUGGAAAGACAGAAAGGCAUUUGGAUGAUGGAGAAACUGUGUAAAUGUGGGGACUGUGGGAAGGGGUUCAGUUAUCCGUCCCAGUUGGAAACCCAUCAGCGAACGCACACCAAGGAAAGGCCGUUCAUGUGCUCUGCUUGUGGGAAGGGCUUCACUCAGUCGACCCACUUGGAGACACACGUCCUCGCCCACACUGGGGAGAGACCAUUCACUUGCUCCGUGUGCGGGAAACAGUUCACUCGCUCGUCCAACCUGUUGAGGCACCAGCGGGUUCACACCGGGGAAAGGCCGUUCAUCUGCUCCUUGUGUGGGAAGAGAUUUACUCAAAUGUCCAGUCUCCAGAAACACCAGCUCGUUCACUCUGAGGAGAGAACUUUUACUUGCCCGAACUGCGAGAAAAGCUUUAAAAGCUCCGAGGUUUUGCUGAGGCACCAGCGUAUCCAUACAGGGGAGAGGCCGUUCAUCUGUAACGUGUGUGGGAAGGGAUUCACUCAGUCAACCCACCUUCAGAUACAUGGGCGAGUUCACACUGGAGAGAGGCCGUUCAGGUGCUCGAUUUGUGGAAAGGGAUUCACUUGUUCAUCCAACCUCCUGACGCACCAGAGAGCUCACACUGGGGAGAGGCCUUUCAGCUGCUCUGUGUGCGGGAAUGGAUUCACACAGCUCUCCCACCUGCAUUCGCAUCACCAGCGAGUUCACACUGGCGAGAGAACAUUUCAUUGCUCCAAGUGCCAGGACAGUUUCAAAAACUCGGGAGACCUGAUGAGUCACCAGCUUGUUCAUUCGGGGGAGAAGCUGUUCACCUGUUCUGUCUGUGGGAAGAGAUUCAGUCACUCGUCCAACCUGCUGAGGCAUCAGCGGAUUCAUCCUGGGAAGAUACCUCUGUCCUGCUCAGUGUGUGGGAAGGGAUUCACUCAUUUGUCCCGUUUGCUGUCACACCAGCAGUUUCACAAGUGAUUGUAUGGUGUCGAUUUUGCUGUUGAUCAUAUCUCAAGCCGAUCAUUCCAUCAUUGUGAGUUUGAUUCUGUUAAUAAUGUCAGCACACCCCAUCCUCAGGUUACAAACACCUGACUUAAGGACACUUCUGCAUAUAAACGAGAUCCUAUAAUGUUAUUAACUUCAAAAGUCUGAUAUAUGUUCACUGCCACGAAUGGCGGAGUUACUUCUCUCAGCCCGUCCGUCUCUACUCUUAGCAAUGUUCUUUAUAAUCAGUGUGAUGUCCUUUUGAUGCCGUUCAUUACAAUAAUGUGGAGGCAUAACAAUCAUAUUGAGCGAUUUUUGUGUAUUAACCAACUUGUGGACAAAAUCAGUUUCUGGACAGAGCAUUGAAUUCUUUAAUUUUAGGUGACGACAUAAUCCUCUCCCUUCUUCCCCCAUAAAAUACCCCUCCCUUGUAUAUGCCCCACCUCAACUCGCACAUAUUUCUCCCCUCCCCCUCCCUUCCACCGACGUUCCUUGCUCCAGCUUCAUGAUUCUCUUCAAUCUCUUUAUCUCGCACCUUCUAUCUUUUCAUCUCUGG